AUGUUCAUAAGUUCCAGAAACUGGCGCUUAUCGGACUCGAUGAGUGAGCUGGCAGAACGUUUAGCCGCAGACGGAGUAAUUAUUGAAGAAUGCGAUAUCCCGUCACCCAAAGUUCCAUUUCCUGUUUUUUAUAUGAAACACAAUCGUUUACCUGUGCCAGUGUCACGACAUUUUCGCCCAGAUUAUCCCAAGAAUCGGAAAGCAUAUUCGCCAACCCAACAUCAGUAUUCUCUUUUCCCCAGAAAACCUUCUGUUGUUGAUGAAACGAAGACGCUCGGUUCUGAUGGUGAAAGCAUUGAGGUUUCGCCUUGUAGCAGCGAUCAAUGUGCAAGUCAAUCUGAUCGUCAUGUUAUCAACGUCAAAAUGCGACAUAAACCAACGCGUCGUUGGAACGAGCAGGAUAUUCAAAAACGUUUGUCACUUCCUGCUGACCUAAGGCUUCCGUUAAGUGUAAUCGAAAAACUGAACCGCACACCAACGUUGGAUCAACCUUUAACGAGAAAAAAUCGUCGUGCAUCUCUGAGCGAAAUUGGUUUUGGCAAACUUGAAACAUAUGAAAAACUAGAAAAGCUGGGAGAAGGGACAUAUGCCACAGUUUAUAAAGGACGAUCGCGAUUGACAGAAAAAUUUGUCGCUCUCAAGGAAAUACGCUUAGAGUUGGAAGAAGGAGCACCUUGUACAGCGAUUAGGGAAGUUUCUAUAUUGAGGGAUUUGCGCCAUGCGAAUAUCGUCACACUACAUGACAUAAUUCACACGGAAAGAAUACUUACUCUUGUCUUCGAAUACGUUGAUCGUGAUUUAAAACAAUAUCUUGAUGACUGCCAGGAUGCUAUAUCGAUACGGAAUGUUCGGCUGUUUCUGGUGCAACUGUUGAGAGGACUAAAUUAUUGUCAUCAGCGACGAGUUUUACAUCGUGAUUUAAAACCGCAAAAUUUACUUAUAAAUGAAAAAGGUGAACUAAAACUUGCUGACUUUGGUUUAGCCCGAGCGAAGUCUAUACCUACGAAAACAUAUUCAAAUGAGGUUGUGACAUUGUGGUAUCGUCCACCUGACGUUUUGUUGGGUUCCACAGACUACUCAACCCAUAUCGAUAUGUGGGGUGUUGGGUGCAUUCUUUUCGAAAUGAUUUCUGGGCAUGCGUUGUUUCCGGGGUCUGCCGUUGAAGAACAACUUCUUUUAAUAUUCCACAUGCUUGGCACUCCUUCAUCAUCCAGUCACCCGCAGAUAUGUAACUCAACUACAUUUCGCUUAUGUAGAUUCCCUUACUAUCGCCCUAACAGCUUGCAGAAUGCAUGUCCAAGAAUUGAUCAGCAUGCAAAUGAUCUCUUACAUCGUUUACUCCAGUACGAAGGUCGGAAGCGAUUGUCAGCAGCGGAUGCGUUACAACAUUCAUUCUUACAUUCAUUCUUACCAAGGGCAAUUUUCGAGUUGUCUGACUAUGAAUCUGUUAUGUCAGUUCCUGGAGUCCGAUUGGUCAAGGAUUCAGUAACGUCAGAUCGUACGAGCUGUCGGAAUACUCGCGCAAGUCGACGCCAGAGCUUACUUCUUUAAGUGUAUUAUGUGAUUUUAAUUGACAUACUGUGAUUUAUCUUUAACGCACGAUUUCUGCUUGUAUGUGAAAUUUUGAGUUGGCUCAGAUAAUUAGUGUUGUGACUGUAUGGUGUAAUUGGGUUAUUGCUUUCAUCUUAAUACAUUAUUCGAAAAUUGAAGAAAUAGAGGUAUGAAAUUUGACGUGGAUAACUAAUACCGUCAUUUUCGUGGACUUUAUAAUUUAGGGCCUUCUAAUAACUGUAUAUUUAUAAUCCACAAAUGAGUGUUUGCUUCUUUUCUGUGUAAGUUCCGGGAAAGGCAUCCAUAUAUCUGUUUCUUGUUAAAACUGAACUGAUGUUAUAGCUUUCGGCUUUUCUGUUGAACUUUUUUUCCGCACUUCACUUUAUGCUGGAUUUGUAUAUCAUUUUGUUUGACCAAACCUUUUAUGAAAUCAUACUUCCGUUUAAUUUUUAACCGUCUUUUAUUCUCAUCUCACUUCAAAUGCUUCCUUUUACAUUUCGAUCGCUUCAUUCCGAUGGUAAUAAUGACUGUUUUCCAUUGCGAUUUCUCUUAUAUAUUUGCUUCUGUUUAUUACGUGGCUUCGAGAAACGUAGCACUGAAUCUUUUUUUUUCUCCAGUUUUGUUCUUUUGUAUAUCUUUAUUUUGUGUGCAUUGAUGGAUUGAAGUUAUAAAAUCUCG